AUGAGCGAAUCUCCUGAAACCCAUGCCACAUUGGUGGAUAAGAACUCUGAACCGUGGUUUGAGGGUAAAGAGUUGCUUGCCACAAUCUCCAACUUAGUAAAGGCAUGGCGUGCACUCAAGCAGCAAGUGACUGCCGAGCGAACUUCUCCUUAUACACAAGAGAGUGAAUCAGAUGCUGAGAUUGCAAAAAAGUGGGAACCGCUUCAAAAAGCAACUUCUCGGAUGGACAUUGCAGUAGAAGAGACACUGGUUUAUCUUGGAGCACUGGAAGAUCCAGAGUCUGAUCUACGUGAGAUUAUAGCCAAACUAACUUUACACGGCAAUGUUCUCAAUACGGCAGGAGCGGGAUAUCUUCGGACUUUGGAAGCCUGGAUGACGGUGACCCCUCACGAUGAAAAUUUCUUGACACUUCACUCUGACUUUUCAAAUUGCCUGAGCACAUAUCAGACCCAAUUCUCAGACUAUCUCACACAUGAUGGACGCCCUAUCACUCCCAUUCAGUUUGCUGCCCCCUCUUCCUAA